GUUCGGAAGCGCCGUCGUAAGGAGGCGAGCCUGAGCCGGCGCAUGCGCAGUGCGGGGAGCGGGCUUGUCGGGGACAGCCAGCAACUCUUCAUCUGUUGCCAUGGGGUGUCUGUUCUCUCUCGGUGGUAUUGCGUCUUCCAGGCAGAGAAGAGAGAAUGAUGAGGACUUACUAGACAGCAGAGAUCGUGAGGAAGACAUUGCCAAGUUUCCAUAUGUUGAGUUCACAGGUCGGGACAGCAUCACCUGCCCAACUUGCCAAGGCACUGGCUGUAUUCCCACAGAGCAGGUAAAUGAGUUGGUGGCGCUAAUACCAUACAGUGACCAGAGGCUCCGUCCCCAGAGAACGAAGCUCUAUGUGCUGCUGUCUGUGCUGCUCUGCCUUCUGAUAUCAGGGCUGGUGAUUUUCUUCCUGUUUCCACACUCGGUCCUUGUGGAUGAUGAGGGCAUCAAAGGGGUUCAAGUUUGGUUCGACCAGAAAAACUCCAUUGUCAUUCUUGCCAUCACGACCACCCUGAGGAUCAGAAACUCCAAUUUCUAUUCAGUUGCAGUAACCAGCCUAGCCAGCCAGGUGCAGUACAUGAACACUGUGGUUGGAACCCAGCAGAUUACCAAUGUGUCCCGCAUCCAGCCUCUGAGCGACAAACUGGUGAAUUUCACUGUGAAAUCAGAGAUGGGUGGACCUUUCUCCUAUGUGUAUUUCUUUUGCACAUUACCCAAGGUCACGGUGCAUAACAUAGUGAUCUUCAUGAGAACAUCAGUGAAAAUCUCAUACAUCGGCCAUGUGACUCAGAGCUCCUUGGAAACAUAUCACUAUGUAGAUUGUGGCGCUAAUUCCACAGCUGUCCAGGACCCUCGGCCUGUGUCCACCCCACCUACUCUAGAUAGUGUAACCAAAGAGAGGAGGAUACUCUGAAGACAACUGAGUCAACUAAUACUUCUCUUCGGGAAGUGAUCAUGCAGACUGACUUUUAUUAUGAAUUAUGUACCUGUAGGCAGGAUCACAAGGUAACUUUUAAAUGGAAUUAGAGGGAUCGUUGAUGUCCUUGGAGAAACUUGGAGUGAACAGGAGGUGUCUGAAAUCAUGUGGCACUUCACGUUAAUGCAUAUGCAGCUUGGCUGCACUGCUUACCUUUUGGGCAGUGAUUUGAGAGUGAUUUGUGAUCCAGUCUGAUCCUUCCUUCCCAAAACAUGCUGAGUUCCCACCCACUUAUAACUUGACAUCAAUCUGGUCUUUAGCUGUUGCAAUGAAUUUCUUAGAAUUGAACCCAGAAGAAAUCAAGGAACUGUUUUAAAUAUAUCUUUCAAUGGAAAGACUUAAUGAAAUUCAAAGAAGGCUUCAGACUCUGUCAUUGCCUUGGGAUAAAUGCUGGGGAUUGAAUUUUGCUGCUGUUUGGUGGGCUCUGCUCUAUUUUUUUUUUGUCCUUUCUGGACAAACAUGCUGUUUCAGUGAAACUCUUUUCGCCCCUCAUUCUGCUCAGUGACAGCAUACCAUUAACAUGUUAUGGCAUUUUGUUAGUAGGAUUUCUACGCAUAGUCAUUCCAGGAGAGAUUGGCGCUCAUAUUUAUUCUCUGUAGCUGGAACUUGUGACGGAUGCUGGAAGGGGAAAUAAUUGGAGCUAACCAGCAUAUGUUCUAUUUGGGGUGGUGGUUUGCUUACUGACCAAGUUAUCUGUGGGUGUCCCUCUACAGUGUAUCAAAGCCCUAUUAUCUUAGUGAUGGCUGUGUUUCAAUAGGUUCACCGCUCUAAAGGAGUCGUACUGAUUUCCUUGUAUGGACCAUAUAGCUCUUGGGCCUUUUUCCUUCAUGCAGUGUUUUGAAGCUACUGCUCUAGGUAUAUGUUGAAAUUAAAGUUCUUGGGUGUCACUGAAGCUAGGGAACCUGUCACUGAGCAGUUUGAUCUGUGUACUUGCUGCUUUCUUUUAGCAGGAAAACUUUGUACUGGUUUGUAAGGGCCAAUAUUUUAGAAUAGCAUUUUUGUACUUCUGUAUUUUUUCGCUAAAGGAAGGGAUUUAAAGAUUACAUAUGCAGUAUCCUUGUGUAGUUUUUCCAGACAUUGGCUCACUUUUGCAUGGGGAUUUGGCUGAGUGCAGACUUGAGCUGAUUUCGCUUAAGUUAAUGGAAGUUGCCUGUCUCAAAUGCUCAUUUUAGUGAUGCAGUUUGUAUCUUAGGAUGUAUAAUAGCCAGUUAACCCUGGUACAGAAGGCUAAGCACAAGGUAUUUUAGUUUUAAAUUCCUCACUUCAAAUGAUUCUGUAGGCUGCUUCUGAGCCAGACUCUUGCACAUCAUGAUUUCAGGGCUCUUAAAUUCACUAUAAUUCAACUCAGCUUCCCCAUUUCUUUUGGGCUAAAUCAACUGGCAUCUUUCUCUAUCUUGCUUUAGAGGAAAUAGCUAUGCUAGUGGGAAGGAAAAACCAAACAGUCAGACUCUGAAAAGGAAACUGAUAAUAUCUAAAACGUUUCAUUGAAGAAAGCUUGUUUGUUGUUGGUGUGAAGUAGAAAAUGAACCUUAUUUUAAGAAAAUGUUUCUAUUGUAUAGAAUUGCACUUUACUGGCAGAAUUUCUAGAACUGAAUCUUGCUAGACAAAUAAAACCUGAGAUUAUUUACCACUAAGUGUCAUUUGAA